AAAAAUAUUCUCAGGUUGAAUAUACCAUGAGCAUAUUCAUUUCUAAGAAAAUGACAAUGAAUUUAAGUAAAUUAAUCAGAUAAUGUUUCAGAUGUGGCCUAAAAACACGGAUUAGUUAGCAGUUUUCAUAAAAAAUGGAACUAUUUAUCUCCUUAUUUUCCACUUCUAAUUCUUGGCGUUUCUCUUUCAACCAUGCUCUUUCUCUCUCUAUGACGCCAACAUCAAUUUCAUCAAUGCAGAAGUUCGUCUCUGUCAUCAUCGUAACAACUCUUCUCUUCAGUCUUUCCUCCGCUCUUAAGGAGGGACAGACAUGUGUAGCUAAUAGCAACUGUGGCUCGGGUUUACACUGUGAAACCUGUGUUGCUGAUGGGAACCCGCGGCCGAGAUGCACCCGAAUUCAGCCCUUCAACCCCACCUCACAGGUGAAGGGAUUGCCAUUUAAUCGGUACUCAUGGCUGACGACUCACAACUCGUAUGCGAGACUCGGAGUGAAGUCUGCAACUGGGUGGGUGAUUAUUGCUCCCACCAAUCAGCAGGACUCCAUAACCAGCCAGCUCAAUAAUGGUGUUAGAGGUUUAAUGCUCGAUAUGUAUGACUUCAAGAAUGACAUCUGGUUGUGUCAUUCCUUUGGAGGGCAAUGCUAUGACAAUACAGCUUUUCAACCGGCUGUAAAUGUUCUGAAAGAGGUGCAAAAAUUUCUCGAAGGAAAUCCAACAGAGAUUGUCACUAUUAUCAUUGAGGACUAUGUAACAUCGCCAAAUGGGCUUACUAAUGUAUUUGUUGCUGCUGGUCUUGCGAAAUACUGGUUUCCAGUUACUCGAAUGCCCAAAAAUGGAGGAGAUUGGCCAACGGUUGAUGAUAUGAUUCGGAACAAUCAACGUUUGUUGGUUUUUACUUCAAAGUCUGCUAAAGAGGCUUCAGAAGGGAUUGCCUAUCAAUGGAGGUACAUGGUAGAGAACCAAUAUGGAAAUGGUGGGAUGGUGGCUGGUUCAUGUCCAAACCGCGCAGAAUCACCUGCCAUGAACACACAAUCAAGAUCUUUAGCCCUAGUGAAUUACUUCCCUGAUGUGCCUGACUUUCCCCAAGCUUGCAAAUACAAUUCAGCUCCAUUGAUAAGCAUGCUAAACACAUGUUAUGAAGCUGCAGGCAAGCGAUGGCCUAAUUUCAUUGCUGUCGACUUUUACAAGAGGAGUGAUGGUGGGGGAGCGCAUGAAGCUGUCGAUGAGGUUAAUGGCCACCUCGUUUGUGGUUGCGGAAAUGUCGCCAAUUGCAAGGCAAAUAUGACUUAUGGGGUAUGUGACCUGCCUGAAGUCAGUGUCAGCCCUGCAUCUGGAGAAGCAGUAACAAAUGAAUCCAGCUUCAUAUACCCAAAUAGAAGAUCAGUUCAAUUGCGGUGGUUGGUUUUAGCAGCCUCAGUGACAAUUCUUUGUUUAUAACAUGGGAAAAUGAUGUCUUUUUAACCUACAGAUAGUUGUUUUCGGAUAGUUGUGACUAAAAUAUUAUUGCAAAUCCAGCUUUUUGUAUCUUAAGGAUGUAAGUUGGAUUUCACCUGUCGACGCAGUGAGGGACAUGGAAUUAGUAUCAAUUCUUAUGUAUAUUCUGUUCUUUUAUUAGUGGCUUCAAUGUGAAGCGUGAACAUAGUGCUUUUAGAACCUGCAA